AUGACUUCUCUCAACGAACAGCUUACAACUCUGAUCGAAAACUAUACAGCAUGUGAUGUAUCGGAUGCGCUAUUGAAGCUACAGAAAGUCCCAGCUGGUAGCGCCCCACGAGCGGGAUAUCUAGCAGACCUCCAUCAGGUUUACUCUGAAUCAACCCUUCAUGCUGACAUCUCAACAGUCCCUUUCUCCCCUAUAACCGGAAGAAACGACACGGCGCGGAAAAUUGCCGCUCCAGCUACAACGUUCAAGUUUCUUAAUAAAGCUGAUACGCCACCAAAUAUCGCCGUUGAAAACCCCGAGAAGUAUGGCUUCCCACCUGGGAAACACUGGGUAGACUACGCAGGCGAUUUCCAAGACGAGGACCCAACUAAGGCAGGCUCAAUCAUUGUUAUCGAGCAGCCCGAUGAGCAGUAUUGCGCUGUGACGGGUGGUAUUAUGGCGACGAGGAUGAGUUAUCUGGGAAUAAAGGCUGCUGUCGUUGGCGGAAGGGUGCGAGACUUGAGGGAAUUACAGGGGACGGAACUCCCGAUCUGGGCGCGGGCCACUUCAACUGUUGGUACAGGUGCUGAAGCUAAAGCUGGGGUUCGAAAUGUGCCGAUUUCUAUAGGUGGAGUGACUGUAUCGCCGGGCGAUAUCAUUUUCUGUGACCCAAUGGAAGGAGUCGUUUCCAUUCCCCGCGAAUUACUGGGGGAUGUACUUGAGACUAUGCCCAAGUUGAUCGCUAUGGAUGACCAGGCGAAGGAAGCCGUGGCACAGGGGAUGAGCGUUACAGAUGCCUUUCAGAAAUUCCGGUAG